UCAUAUUGAUCAACAGACGACAGUCGUAUACAUUACACGUGACUGAAUAAUGUAAUUGUUUUUAUCUAAAAACGAACAUCACAGAAUAGAUUUCUAUUGCACUAAAUAACCCUUUUUUUGAAUAAUAAAAAGUUUAAAUACUUGUUACAUUAUGGCGAAUAGAAAGUUACAAACCGAGAUCGAUCGUGUUCUCAAAAAAGUUGCAGAAGGAGUCGAAACUUUUGAAGGCAUUUUCGAUAAAAUUCAAGCAACAACAAAUUCUAAUCAAAAAGAAAAAUUAGAACAAGAUUUGAAGAAAGAAAUCAAAAAACUUCAAAGACAUCGAGAUCAAAUAAAAACAUGGAUUUCUUCAAAUGAUAUAAAAGAUAAGCGGGCACUUCUUGAAAACAGACGUCUGAUAGAACAUCAAAUGGAAAAAUUCAAAGCGUGUGAGAAAGAGAUGAAGACAAAGGCAUACUCUAAAGAAGGCCUACAACAGUCAACGAAAAUGGAUCCAAAGGAAAAAGAAAAAAUGGAAACAUGUGAAUGGGUAUCAAAUCAAAUUGAUGCUCUAAGCACACAAAUUGAAACCGCUGAAGCUGAAGUUGAACAAUUACAAAGUGUUGUGAAAAAAAGUCGGAAGGAUUCUCAGAAAGUUGAACGAUUGGGUGAGGUAGAAAAUAUUAUAGAAAGACAUAAAUGGCAUGUCAAUCGGCUAGAAUUAAUAUUGCGGUUAUUAGAAAAUGGUAAUAUUCCUCCAGAGAAGGUUAUUCACAUUAAAGAUGAUAUUAUUUAUUACAUUGAAAGUAAUCAGGAACCUGACUUCGCCGAGGAUGAAAAUAUAUACGAUGAUUUGAAUCUUGAAGAGGAGGAGGAGUUAUGGGGUAUUGCAAAUGAAGAACAUCAUAGUAGUCAUGACUCCAUAACUGAUGGAGGUAUUUCGUAUACAGAGCCAAGGACACCACAAAAGGAGCUAUCAAGUCCUUCAACUUCACCCACAUCAAGAAUUGCACCUAAAACACCGGUGUCUGUUCCAUCAAUAAAUAACUUCACUACCUUUGAAUCGGCUCCUCGGCCGAAGGAAGAAGACAAGCCAAAACUUCCUCCUCCUCCUCCACCGGUUUCAACGCCAACUCCUACGACUUCAGUGCAAGCUUCUGCAUUACCAACUCCCAUACCUACGCUUGCGAACACUACGACUGUUAACAAUCUUCAGUCUCCACCAUCCACAACGAUAUCAUUCCCUCAGGCAAAAGCUGCACUACCUACUUCAGUACAAACACGAACUAUAGCAGCUGUAACAAAACAAGCGGCUCCAUCAGUACCACAACCCCAGCCGCUACCGACAACAACACAACCAAUUCCACAUUCACAAUUAUCAACACAAUCACAGCCUGCUGGCGAUACUAAAAAAGAUAUUUCACAUGAUUUCGCUGAUAUCAGCAAGCAGCAAUUUUCACAAUCCAAUGAUAUACAGCAAAGUCAAACAUCAACAUCUCUUUUGCAACCUAUUCUUCAACAACAAGCCAAUCCUUUAUCGUCACAGUCGCAAUCACAAACUCGAGAGAGCAUAUCUGUAACACAAACAGCAACUAUACAGCCUAUACAACCUUCAUCUGAUAUUAGCCCGCCUGAACCAAAUAAACAAGAAGGUUCCUCUAACCAAGGAUCUUCUUCAGAAAGUCGUAUACCAGCUGCACUUGCCGAUUUAGUACAAUCAUAUGAGGCAGCCGAAGAGAAAUUCUUAGGCAAAGAAGAUGGAUUUCAUGUUCAACAAAUGCUUGAUGCCAGUCUUCAAUAUGUCCCGGAAAGCUUAGAUUCUGAAAGACCCAAGUAUUAUGCGCCACGUAAUCCAUAUCCCACAUCGGGUUUCUAUCCACAGAAUCCACCACAAAUUUUCGAUAAUCCUGCACUAUUCGAGAAAUUUGAUCUCGAUACACUCUUUUUUAUAUUUUAUUAUCAGCAAGGAACUUAUCAACAAUAUCUUGCUGCAAGAGAAUUAAAAAAACAGUCAUGGAGGUUUCAUAAAAAAUAUCUGACAUGGUUCCAAAGACAUGAAGAACCAAAAGCAAUUACGGACGAAUACGAGCAAGGAACUUACAUUUAUUUUGAUUACGAAGGUGCUUGGUGUCAACGAAAGAAGACAGAAUUUAGAUUCGAAUAUCGAUUCUUAGAAGAUGCGGAAUUAAUAUAAAUAUUAUUCUAAUUAUAUAGUACAUAUUCAUAUUUAUUAAUGUAUGAAUAAUGAAUAGAUUGUAUAAAUACCUUAAUAUCAACUAUUUUAUAUAAUCUUAAAUUGUGCACAUAAAAAUACAUAAAAUAAAGUUUAGCAUUUCAACUUAGUCACGUUUUUUUUC